AUGGCUACAACAUUAAAUUUCAAUGCUCAGUCAUCGAAUCCUCCAAGGAGCUUUUCCAAUUACUUUUGGGGAGUGAAUGACGAAGGUUACUAUGCCCUACUUUCUCGUUUCAGCGAAAUAAAACAUAUCAAUGAAGACCUACGGUCAUUUUUUCACGAAAGAGCAAGCAUCGAGGAGGAUUAUGCUAAACGAAUGGCCAAAUUGGCCCGCUCCAAUGUGGGUGCCAAUGAAACUGGAACUCUAAAAGCAUCCAUUCAAAUGAUGAAGUCCGAAAUGGAUACUAUGGGCAAAAACCGUCUUGCAAUCGCCCAGCUUUUACAAGACGAUGUCUCCAACGCUUUUAGUCGCUAUGCUAUAUCUUUAAAAGACAAAAAGAAAAUUAUUAUCGCUAGCAUUGAAAAGUGCCACAAGGAAAAGGAGUCAAAGAAACAAAACUACGAAAAGGCUCAAGACAAGUACCAUUAUUUGUGCAAAAAGGUAAACUAUUAUGUUUCCCAACAGAAUAUGCUGGUUGGAAAGGAUUUGGAAAGGAACAACUCCAAGCUGAAAAAGACUCAAAAUUCGAUUGCAUCCAGUGUUUCCGAAUACAAAGCUAGCGUUCAAACCGUCUCAGAUACAUACAACCGUUGGAUAAGGGAGUGGAAGUCGGCUUGUGAUAAGCUCCAGGAUAUUGAAGAAGAGCGUCGCCAUUUUCUAAGAAGUGUCCUUUGGACUUUUACCCUUCUCGUUUCUCGUGGCGCUUUCAAUGAUGAUGAAGCUUGCGAACGCAUCCGAAAAUCCCUGGAGACGUGCAAUGUCAAUACCGACGUUUUAAGUUUUAUCGAUUCUCGAGCUACCGGAACCGGUAUUCCUCAACCUCCUAAAUUUUACGACUUUUAUAAAGGCGAAGCUCCUGAAAAUGUUGUAGAGCUAGUCCAAGCAAAUUUUGAUCGCGCUCCAUCCAAUGUCGAAAACGACCACAUGACCCUAAAUCGCCCCUAUACUCUUUCAGCAGCUGCUCGUACAGGGAAUGCUACCUUGGGAGGAUCCGUUGGCUCACAAAGCGUCUCUGCUGCUGUCAAUCAGACAGCUGCGUCAAUGUCUUCUAAUUCAUCUCAAUCAGGCCGAUUGUCACCACAUAAGAAACUCCUUAGUAAAUUUAAAAAAUCGAGCCGCCCUGUUACCCCCAAUGUCUUUAAUCCUUCUUCGGACAUGUCACCCAUGGAUGAAAACUUUCAAAAAAUGUCCGUACAGAGCAAUAAGCCUGAUACUGACUCGGGAUUAACUAAUCCCCCACCUUAUCAAAGCAUUUCUCCGGUUUCCAGAAGACAACAGAUUCAGGAUGAAUUUAGUAGUGUUAUGAAAAUGGAGAACAGAGCUGUUUCUCCCAUUUCUGAUAAUCGAAAAAACAAUUCUUCGUUCAGUUUGCGAAGGAACCAGUCUUCGAGACCUUCUUCUUCCCAUUCACGUCGUGCAUCCAGGCUACCACGAUCUUUGACCCCUGGUGCUAUUGAACCGGAAUAUGAUUAUGAAGUCAAGGAAGAUUCUGUCGAAGACCUAGGCGGAACUAUGAAUGAUGAAGAUUACCAAUCAGAACUCGAAUCCUCUAUCAAGGAUGAUUUUCUUGCAUCGAAUGGGCAUGGCGUUGCAAACUUGUCAAAUCCUAUGUCUGGUGAAUACGAUGCUGAAGAAGAUAGUCAUUCUUUAGAUAUGGAGACCCCAACAAGUUCAGACGGACAAAAGAUCCUUGGGUACGUUCAUGCACUCUAUAACUACGAUGCUGCUAUCCCUGAAGAGAUUUCUUUCCAGAAAGGCGAUACUAUUGCCGUAAUAAGACUUUAUGAAGAUGGUUGGUGGGAAGGCUUUGUUGUUGGCGACGAUGAUCAUAAUAGAGGCCAAUUCCCUUCUAAUUUUGUGCGUCAAAUUGAUGUUUAA